GGGCAGAGUGGGCAACGCUGGGGGUUCUUGGAGAGUGAGGUGGGGGUUGGAGGGAGGAGGGCCUGGGGAAGAAGUGAGGAGAGGGAAGAGAGGGUGCGCUUGGGCUGGUGGGAGUGUGGUCUGAGGGAGCAGGUGAAACUCUGAGGGGCGGAGCCAGGGCCGGGGGAAGGAUCGGGGUCCAGGGCCGGGGUUCCAGACCCCGGCUGGGCGGCGCGGGCAGCGGACCGGAAGCGGGGCCAUGCGGGUGCCCCUGGCGGUGCUGGCGGGGGUGGCGGCGCUGGCCGGGGCGCUGAGCUUCGUGCUGCUGGCGGCCGCCAUCGGCACCGACUUCUGGUACAUCAUCGACACGCGGCGGCUGGAAAGCGGCGCCCGGGAGGUGCGGGGCGGUGCAGGGGGCGCCAACCGCAGCCAGCUCGAGCCUCUGAGCUCGCACUCCGGUCUCUGGCGGACCUGCCGGGUCCAGAGCCCGUGCGCGCCGCUGAUGAACCCCUUCUGGCAGGAGAACGUGACGGUCAGCGACUCUAGCCGACAACUUCUCACCAUGCACGGGACCUUCGUGAUUCUGCUCCCCCUCAGCCUCAUCCUCAUGGUGUUUGGGGGGAUGACAGGGUUUCUGAGCUUCCUCCUCCGAGCAUCCCUCCUGCUGCUGCUCACGGGGACCCUCUUCCUCUUUGGAGCCCUCGUCACGCUCGCCGGCAUCAGCAUCUACAUCGCGUACUCGGCCGCCGCCUUCCGGGAGGCGCUGUGUCUGCUGGAGGAGACGGCCCUCCUGGACCAGGUGGACAUCCGCUUCGGCUGGUCCCUGGCCCUGGGCUGGGUCAGUUUCAUCGCCGAGCUGCUCACCGGGGCAGCCUUCCUGGCAGCGGCCCGCGUGCUCAACCUGAGACGGAGGCAGGACCAGGCCAUCUGAGUCUGGAGGCCGGGUGGUGGUGGGAGGGAGGCUGGCCUGGGCCUCAGGGACCCAUCUUGGUGGGCUGUGGUCUCCUGUUCCACAAAGACCACCAGUGGAGGCCAGGGGCCAACCCCAGGAUGCUGUGGCCUGAGCUCUGGGCCUGCUGUCCUCUCAGUGCCUGUGCGGUGUGCUGUGUGCUGUGUGCUGUGUGCAUGCGGCCGUGUGUCCUGUGGGCUGGAGGAGGCCGAGGGAGUGUAGGACUGUGACAAAAACAAACCCUUAAUCAUAAACAGAGCAUUGCAGACUGCAGCCUCUGUGUGCCUGCUCUGGUUUCAUUUCAUCCUCACCGCUGCCCUUUGGGUCAGUUCCUCUUCUUUGGUAAGGACAUGGAAGACCAGAGAGGUUAGGUGAGUUGCACAAAGGUGCACAGCAGAGCUAGUGGCAUAUUCCUCCUUCCAAAACAGUGCUCAAUCCUUUACCACAGCUUUUCUGAGCAGGUUCCCGCCUGGACAUGGUUACCGUGUGGGACGCAGACAUGUUAACUGGCUGAGGGUCCUGGGGAGAAAGGGAUACGACUGGGACUGACAUUCAGAUCUGCCUGAUUCCUAGAUGAUUGUCUUUCCACUCCUGCCACUGCCUACACAAGCAUGUCAAACUUGUGGCCCACAGGCUGCAUGCCUCAUGUAUUUGGCCCGUGUUAGCCUUUGAGUUUGACAUGCUUGGCCUACACCACUGACUUUUCUAUCUGCAUUUGGGUUAGGACACAGCUGCUGCUUCUUUUCUGUUUAGUCUGGAGAAGUGUAAAGUGGGGGGAAUGCCCGCAGAACCCCACCUGGGUGAGUGAGCAAGGCUGCAAAAUCAGUUACCAGGCUGGAAAAAAAAAAGAAAAAAAAAUUUUUGCACUGAGGGCAACCAUGUCAAUGAAAAGGCGGUCUUUUCUGCCACCUGCUGGUCAUAUGGUGGAACUGCGUCAGAGGCAGGACUUCAAAAUAUUUGUUUUCAGCGUGUCCAGCAGUGAGUGGGGCAAAUGCAAGGCAGGGGUUCUCAACUGGGGAUGAGACAUUUGACAGUCUAGAGAUAGUUUUGGUUCUUACAAAUGGGGAUGAGUACUACUCGCAUCUAGUGGGUGGAGGCCAGGGAGCUGCUAACAUCCUACAGCUCACAGAACAGCCCCACAACAAAGAAUGACCCAGUCCCACAUGUCAGCAGUGCCAACAUUGAGGAAUCCUGCUAGGGGAACGAAAAUGAAUAAAAACAGAAGAAAACGUGUGUACUCAAGGAACUGACAAAUACUGGGAAAGGAUCUCACUUAUUCAAUAAAUGUUCA